UCUUUCCUUCUUGUACAAAAUUUCCUCUUCCUUCCCGUUCGUGGUUGUAUGUCGGCUCUUUAAUAACACAAGAAACCACUACAACAUUUAGAGUCAGAUAAAACUAAAUGGCGUCCAGAACAGAAGGGGACGUUAAAACCCUGAUUUCCAUUUGUUUUAUUUUUUGGCGCUCCAGUUUUUGGUUUUAACAAAUUUGGUCAUCUCAAAAAAACUGACAUGAAGAAAUAUUGAUAUGUUAUAAUAAUCAGUAUAAAAAUGCAAUUGUUUUUUUGUUUUUUUAAAAAACUAAAAAACGAAUUAUCAAGAAUAUCAGAUUUAAAAAAAAACAAAUAAAAAAAGUUGUGUUCGGAAUGCAUUGGCGCGCUCGACGCAGGUGGCUCUCGAGCCUUCAAGCUAUUGGAUACAAGAAGGACUCCUUUCCAAAAAGCUGGAAGACUGAAUUCUGCGAGAUGACCGGAAGCCCUGUCUGUGGUGAGUGAGGACCAGUCGAUUUUUGAGCAGACCUACGGACCGGUUCACAUGAAGGGGGAGAUGACAUCACCGGGGGGGUUCAGCCAGGGCUCCACGGGGAGCCCCGAACCCCCGGAGUCCGAGUGGGGGGGCGUGGGGGGCAGGGGUGCCGUGAAGAGGGAGGAAGAACACAUCAACGGAUCCAGGUGCGAGAGUCGUGAGUCCCCAGUGGACUGCAGUGUGCCCAGGAGGUCCCGGCACAUAAGCAGCAGUAACGAGGGGGAGCCGCUGGUGUACCAGACCUCGUACCCAGAGCCCCGGUCCAGCCCGCAGACCGCCGCCCCCCCGAACAGCAGCACAGAGGAGAAGAGGGUCAUAGUGCCUGCAGACCCUGAGGUGUGGACACAGGACCACGUGAGACAGUGGGUGGAGUGGGCCAUCAAGGAGUACGGCCUGGUGGACGUGGACGUGUCCAUCUUCCAGUCGAUGGACGGGAAGGCGCUCUGCAAGCUGACCAAGGAGGACGUGAUGCGACUCACCUCGGCCUACAACACCGAUAUCCUCCUCUCACACCUCAACUACCUCCGGCAGAGUAGCCCCACUUUCUCCUAUCCUACAACCCCUAUCAACAACACGCAGCAGCAGCCCCGCCUACAGGUCAAAGCAGAGAGCACCUUUGAGGAGAUCAGCCGGAGAAACAGCUGGCCAGCGACGCCUCUGCCUGCCCUGCAGAAAGGUUCCCCCAUAGAACACCAGCACACCACCAGAGUUACAGAUCCUGCGCCUCGACAUGUCCAAGAUCCAUAUCAAGCACUUGGACCAAUCAGCAGUCGUUUAGCCAACCCAGAGUCCCUCCCUCUCUACAACAAGCGCCGAAAAGCAAAACAUAAUUCUUUCAAGCUGCCCGAAUCAACCAGCACUCACAGGAUUGUGGGCUCUGGGCAGAUCCAGCUGUGGCAGUUCCUGCUCGAGCUCCUGUCGGACAGCGCCAACGCCGGCAUCAUCACCUGGGAGGGCACCAACGGCGAGUUCAAGAUGACGGACCCGGACGAGGUGGCCAAGCGCUGGGGCGUGCGCAAGAGCAAGCCCAACAUGAACUACGACAAGCUGAGCCGCGCGCUGCGCUACUACUACGACAAGAACAUCAUGACCAAGGUGCACGGCAAGCGCUACGCCUACAAGUUCGACUUCCAGGGCAUCUCGCAGACGCACCAGAGUCACGCCGGGGACGCCGGCGUCCUCAAGUACCCGGCGGAGGUGCCCUACGCGCAGCCCUACCACAGCCACCAGCCCAAAAUGAACUUCGUGGGCGCGCACGCCGCCGCCCCCAUGCCCGUGGCCUCCGGGAACUUUUUCGGAUCGCCGUCCACGUACUGGAACUCGGCGACCACCGCCAUCUACCCCGGCCCCGCCAUGCCCCGGCACCCGGGAAGCCACGCCCACCUCAGCUCCUACUACUGAGAGCCCCGCCCCCCCAUCCCCC